UCCUUUCGCUUCGCUCUCUUUUCAAACCUUUCUAGGAUUAACUGCCCUUUCCUUUGUGGCUGUACCUUUGGCCAUAGGGUCCAGCCGAGCUAUUGAGUAGCCUAGAACUGAGUGACCUUUAUACGGCUACCUAGCACCACCUCCAGUUUUACCUUUUCUGCUUGACUAGCGAUCAAGAGCAACCAAUGUAAUGGGGCUAACAUGAACUCCAAUUAGUACGAGUGUAACUAGCAGAAGACUACGCUGAGACUCCAAAAAUUCCCGGUGCGAGAUAUAACCUGUAAGACAGCAUGGAACUAAGCCAGCCAUAAGGAAUAGGCGAAAUAACUAGAUGGACGCUUCGUACUGUACGUUUUAUCCUGCACCAGAUUGGAUGUUCGGAGGUUAUUCAGGGGUUUUUCAGAGGUCUUUCAGAAGUUGGUUAAAGCCUCUGCGUCAUCAACGGUGGCUACUUAGCUUCAAAUAAGCGGUGACCACAUCUGUGUUGUAUAUUACAGAAAUUGAUGCAGGGUCCUGGCUCUUAGCUCAGCUGAGGCGCUCGCGCUCAGAAGCUCUCUCUCCCGACACCAACAAAGCCCUAGUUUUAACACGGGUAGGGAGCCUGCUCUCAACGUAAGGCGCAUGCGCAAGGUGCCCUUUGAGUCGAACUAGACCCGGGAGAGAGACCUACUGCCAUCCACUGUUGCCUCCUAUCUUCUGCCAACGCACGGCACAGGGCGCCGCUACAAUCAUCAGCAGUAGAAGCAGAGCAGAACCAGUUACAACUAGAGUUGGCCGGUCGACGACAGCCUGAUUCGGCCUUAUUGUAACCUGCAGGGCGGAACUGCUAGGAAACGCCUCUUCUGACCUGCAGAGGGGGUGCUGUCAGAUAAAUUGUGCCCUUAGACAGUCGUAAGUGUCGCCACUGCAGCCGAAGUAGCACGCAUUGGCUGCCUUUUUGUCAUUUUCAGUUGCGGAGCUUCAUGAUAACGAAAAGUGCGCGUGAUAAGUUAGCGGACCGUACGGUGAGAUAGAGAAGUACACAUAUUGGCAAUAUAAGCGAAAGGUGCUGCCGAAGGUGCGUCACAAGCGGACUCGACACGCGAGGCAAGUCAAGUCAGGUCAGUUUGACCUGACUGUUCUACUUUAUUACCUCGUGUCCUGCUGGUGGCAGUUGUGUUUUAAUUGUUUUCGAAGAAAAGGCAAGGAAAGACAGCGUUGACUGAACACCGCCUACGAGAAUGCAAAGAAGUAUACGGAGCGGAAGCGAUCAGGAACAGAAACUUACACGAAAUAGCAGAAAAUAACGCUUACUCAACUGAACAAAGGAUCGAACGAAGCCAGACAAGCAUUGGACGAACAAUACCAAGAUUUUUUUCGUAUUGUGUUCACACCCAUGAAUGCAGGAGGUGUCGGUGGCAAUAAAUGGCGGCCACACAAAUGCAGAAGUGUGAGCGAAGACCAGUCAGAACAGUCGAUUACGACAGACAGAAAACAGAGCGUUGGAUUGUUGUCGAAGGUGAGAGCAGAAGAGGGCGGACGAAAGAACGCAACGCAUAUCAUCGUGCUGUUAAAGAAUAGUUAGUAGUGUAGCUUUCCGGUGACGUCACUGUCGCAUUGAUUCUGAGAGCGAUUGAUACUGCUAAGGCGCCCAUAUUAUCGCACACACAUCCGGCUUAUCUCACGAGAAUAACGAUACAAACAAAACUUGUUUUUGCAGUUGCACGUGUCAGCAGACAACGAAGGGGGCGCCCAGCAUCAUAACGGUUUCCGACGUCUCUCUGCGUGCUGUAACAGGAGUAACAGUCAAUUAUAUACAUAAUAGCUUGCGACCCUACAACCAAAAUCUAUGAGUCGACAUCCACCAGAAGACAACGACACGCAGCCAGCCAGUCUACCCUGCUGAAUUCCCUGUACCGCCGCAUAGCGGUGCAGUUCUUCGCCCCAGUCUUAUCACUUCACGCUUCACUCUCGUUUUAGUUUAAAGUCGGCAUUGUCGGAGCCGACAACCGUCGCUGAAAUCAUCGCCAACGGAAUCUGUGGCGAAUGCGGUUCCGUUGGAGCCGCUAGUUUACCAGAAUUAACACCUUUAUUCACGGCUCAACCUAGUUGCCCUUUUAUUAUUACAGCCGAUAUUCCCAUUAAACUUCACAGUUUUUACUGCUGCAUGUCUUGGAACCAAUGUCGCCGGUCGGCAAUCCCCUACAUUUUACGCGGUCUCCGCCGCUGCUUUUUUAUUUGCAUUGGUAUUGCGGCUGCUUAAGCUGCUUUCGUUGCUGCUGUCACCGCUGAUGGAAAUGUAAAUCUAGCCCGAAGAAAGUCGAAAUAAAAACCAAAACAAAGGAAACGCCCAACUGCGAAGCUUUGUUCGAUACGCCGUCUAAGACAACAUCGUACGAGAACGUUUGCUUUUACCGACAGGAUUGAUAAGAUUGCUCGUCUUGUUGUCAGCUUCGUUGCCGCUGUUGCUGCUGCCUUGCAAAUAUUCCUGCCUUGCACAGCAGCGACGUCUUGGAAUAGUGAACGGCACAGAGCACACGGGUCGCGAUGUUAUCAAUGGACCAAUAACGGCAGUAGCGUUAUAGCAGUAUAAGGCAGGAGUAAGCCAAACCUGUGGCAAGGGAGCGGUUAGCUUGCUUGAGCUGCAACGCGUUCGCUUUUGGUGGUAACGUCAACGGCCGGACUGUUAUCACGACGCUGGCUAGUGUCGCUGCGCGAUUCAGCGAUUCAACGCUGUCUCAGCUACGUCUACCGCUGCUAUUACCGCUACUGUUGCUCGCUCAACGGCUCAGCGUCGGUGCCGCAACGUGAAAAUCGCUGAAGGAGACGGGUAAGAAGGAUUGAGGCGAGGCAAAAUCGGUCCAAUCCUCCUUUCACAUCGAUCACUAUCAUUUUUAUCGGAGCAGCAUUUGCCAUUGCCGCCAUCGCUGCCGUCACGGUCAUCUGCCUUCGCCGCUUCGUUCCCACGAUUCGAGUAAUAACGCGAACACCUUUUCUAAAUGUCAGUGUGUCUAUGGAGAGUACUAGCUGCGUGCUAACCGAACGGGACGCGCCGGCCGCGACAGCGCGUUAAGAGCCGGUUGUUAGGUAGUGUUUUUAUUGGUGUAACAAUUGCUGGUCUGGGGAAGCAGUGAGUGGCGUGAGUGGCCGACUACGAAGAGAACAUACUAUGGCAUAUUAGUGAUAUUUGUUCAGGGGAAGAAACACGACGGAAUUGAGGGGUGAUUGGUGAGGUGACAGUAUUGUUUUAUUUAUGACCAUCUGAGGAACGAAAUGCUAGCAAAAACUACUGCACUGCAACAUAUCAACAAGCGAGGUGCAUUGGGACACGCCGGCUAAUCGGCAGCUAAGCAGUGUGGCCAAGAAGCGGACUGAUCAGCAAGCAAUCUCUGCAACCGUGAACGUUGCAGAUCUGGUCGGUCAAGUGCGGAGGCAUAGGUACUAGUUUGGUCGCUUACAGCCAAAUGAUCGGAACUACUAAACUGGAGUGGCAGAUGAUGCUCAGGACCGUGUCAGUUCAUAUAGAAACGUUUCGAUAAAAACGCGUCAGUCAGCGGUGGUCUUCAAAAGUGCUGGCGUUAGAGGUAAGCAACAGUCAGAGGGCAAAACUCGGCAAAAUAAAAAGCUACGAUGAAUCGGCUAUGUCUGAUCCGUAGUACAUGAUCGAAUGUAGCUAGUAACAAUCACCUAGCGACGGCUGAACGUAUUAGUGUUAAGCGGGUGUAUAAUUGAACUACAGCUAAACAGCAGCAGAUCGGUAAGGCUGUGUUACUUACGAGAUAUUUAUAGCCAUACAAGACUGUACCACUAAUAGCCUGUGAGCUGGUUGCCCCGGCCGGUUUUGGGCUGUGCUCGCGGCACGAUCGAAUUUUUGCCGCCAACUUGGACUUGCGCGGAACCCCGGAUAGUCGAAUAGAGAAAACACGGUGGCAUAUAUCUCCCGGGUGCAACCCUUCUAACUAGGCAGACAGCAGGACGAUAGAGUUUACGUGCAGCCUUACGUGCAGCUAGCAAUGCCUCGUGCGCCAUUACCUGCCGUCGCGAUUAAAGUGGUGUGGUCCAGCGGCUGUUCGUACUCCGCAUGGAUCUCGUGAGAUAUGAGGAUAUUCGUUUGUGCAGUGGUGUCUUGACGACAAACCCGAAGCUGCCGUUGCUGUUUUGCCAUCGCUUGCCUCCCAUUUUUGAGUGCUGUGAAGCGUAGACAUCUCGAUUUCAUCAGUCGGUCAUUCCUAUCAGAUGGUCAACAUUUACGAAACUAAAAACAAACAAUGAACGUGCGCGAAGGCCAAUGAAUGAAACAAGCAAAAGAGAAAUGGACGAAAAGUGGCCAUUAGAAAAAAAAAGUAACGAAAAGGGGAAGAAUCGAUACGACGUCAGCAAAGCAAAAAUAUCAAAGCAGACCCGUCUCAUAAGAGAUUUUUAUUUGUUUGUUUUUUGCAAGCUGUGUCCUAUUGUCACAGGAACACAGGGCUCACUGUAUCUGCGCGCGACCGGAAACAGCCAGUGUGGGUGCGUAUGUGUGACGUAUGUGUCUGCGAACGGCUUGUGCUGAUUCUGCGCAAAACCGAUUUGUCGUUGAUGGGGCAUAAGAGGUGGCGAAAUUGGAAAGACGGCAUCUACUUGUUUGUAUCCUGCUGUAUUUGGCCGUAAGGAUACAACGGUGCAUCGUUCGUGUUGUUAAUUGUGUCUGUGCGUGUUUCGAAGAGGACGAUGACGAUCACGUUUACUACGAGAAGGCCGCGCUUCUAUUUGUAUGAUGUGGAGUGAACAGUUCCAAUCCGGAAAGCGAACAACGCGAUAGCAAAGCUAGAUAAAACAGAGAUAAGUAAAUUAAGUGUCGGUAGACUUUGGAGACGUCAGAGCAAGCAGUCGUGCUCGAGCACGUUGCGCGAUAUCGAGCGGCAGCCGCCUAUAAAUCAAGAGUCGAGUUAUCGCACGAUCCGUUCAUUUGCAUUACUCUGUAUUCCUGUGUAACCACUAUUUAUCAGAAGUCGACGCCGUGCUAGGGACACUAUAUAAGUAAGUGAGAAAAAGCACUACAGUAUUUCGAAGGCGGCGUAAACAAGACACAAUCUAGCCAUUAUGCCGAGCGCAAAAUCGGUGUUGGCAUCACGUCGAGGUGGGCCAAGUUUGGCGCUCAAUCUCAGCCAGAGCACGCUUGAGCUACCGGCCCACAAACUGCACCGACAAAACAGCUUUGAGUCAACCCUGUCGUCGGAUUCGGGCCUAUGCUCGAGUCCUGGCACGGGCUUCUUGUCCGUGGCCCCCAGCUGCCACUCGUCAUGUUCGGCUCCGUCGAGUCCGAUCGGGCCGAAGUUCAAGUUGACUCGCGACUUCGAUGCUGCGGUAUGCCGAUUGAAUCAGCACAAGACGCUCGUGUCCAAGAUCCUCAGCUCGCGUUUCCUCCGUCGUUGGGAGAAUCAUUCAGUCCGUCUUGAACUUCAUGCUAUUGAUUCUUUACAGAGUACUGGCUUCAUGUCGGAGGCGAUCCCGUAUGACAGCAUUAGCGAAGUCUACGCAACAAAACGAUGGGAUCCCCACCACAAAUUUUGCUUACGGAUAUCAUUGACAGAUGGAACCUCAGCCUUGUUUCAGGCACCGAGUUCUUAUCUUCGAGACCAAUGGCUGCAUUCGAUCCUUUGGUCGAAACAGGUAUCGAAAUUCUCUCUCGAUGCUACAGAUAACCGAGAACAGGAUUUCGGUGUAAUUCUACGGAAUAUGAAGGCGAUGGUCGACUUGUCGUUAAGUACGCCUUUACAAGAUACGAGUAUAUACCAAACCACGUUGGAUAUUCUGUGCGGUUAUCUUCACAACAUCGAUAACGCCAAUUCCGACGAUCUCGGCGGUUGCUAUGGCAACCAGGUGAUCGCGGUCAUGACGCCGCUGUUAGAGCGAUGCACACCGACGCAACCAAUAUGCGAGUAUCUGUGCAAGCUCUGCGACAACGACUUGCCGCUGGUCACCGGCCAGUUGGCGCCUGUCAUAGAGCGUAUUAUUAAGCGCAACACCGACUUUGGCAAGUACCCCGGGUCGCGACGUCUCGUCGAAAGUUACCUGAAAGCGCUAUCGCGGCUGGACAAGCACUCGCGACGCGUUCCUGGCCAGAGUCCUAGGAAACGGGCCCGCAGCAGAUCUGCAGAACGAUGUUUAGAUUUCAAUGGUUUCAAAGGUCACCAAUGCGCCAGCGCCCGUGGCCACAAAACGGGCAGCUCUUUGUCGGUCAUAACUUGUUAUCGCCCACCGACGAUACAGGAGCAGUGUGGUGCCGAACAGGGGUACCAAGUGACAAGUUCGCUAAGCGUAUAUCAUGCAAGUAGCGCUGCGUCGGCACCCUCGUCCGAAUCUAACCAAAUCGGUGACAAUGCCACAGAAACACCUUCGCCUAGUAAUGGAAGCAGUGAAGUUUUCCGCGGAACUGAUAGUCCAAUGACAAACAACGACCGUAAUGAUAGCUGCCAGGAUCGCGUGAUCGCGGUCAGCUCAACGGGCAGCAUCAUCAACGUGCAAGUCGUAUCUGAUACAGACACUUCAGAGGGCUUAUGCGCGAGAAAUCCACAACAGCCGUUUACUAUUGGAUGUCAACAACGGCUAGAGGUGCCAGCUGCUCUCGAGGACGAGGUAUUUCGUUCGGAUGAACCCGAACCAGCGCUGCCUAUCCCGUCAUCAUUGAAGGUGUCGUCGCCCCCGCGUGGCGGAUGUACGGUCGAGGCAUUUACACGACAGAUGCAUGGCGAUUCCAGCGUGUGUCCUCACCCCCGAAUUUUACCUAACCUUGUGGCUGUUUGCCUUUCGGCCAUCUACCGAGCGUUUAGUCAAAACAAAGAUCUCAAAGCGGAAGACUUGACCUGCAAUGAUCCAGACGUACUCUGUUUUGUGCGUAUCCUGACUACGCUUGCCGAAUUUGAGGACUGGCGUCUACCUUUGUCACAGAUCCUUCAGCCGAUACCAUUUCCGAGCCGCUUCAUCGAAAGCGAUGCACAGGUGCACUUCGCCACUCGGCUUGAGCCAGUGGUUCGACAACUGGCGAAGGAUCCUCGCUGCGAGGUGCAUCAAUGCCUCGUUGGAGUGCGUCAGAACAAAAACGGAUGGCUUCAAAUCUUUGCCACUAGCCACGAUAGUGAGAUGUAUAGUCUUAUGUGUCAUGCUCUACUCAAGUGUAACUGUCUGCGUAAGACCUUCCUCAGCGAUACGUUUAGCUGCUCCUGGGCGUUGGAACCGCUGAUUCUUAGUUCUCUCAGGCACCAGGUCGUCGCUGUCCAGUGUUUGGCAAUCCUACUUGAGAACCACCUUAUCAAGAACAAUGACGAUCUACGAAGCUCCGCUGAGGCUGCUCUUCAGGCCAGCCCGUUAGGUCAGCGUUUCUUUGAGGGCCUUCAGACGAAGAGACAGAUGUACAUGAGGAACACAGGCGACCAGGCAAGUUCGUGUCGCUCGAAGACCCUAGGCACCGUAACGCUACCACCGAAAUCGAACGAUCAAGAUUUGCACCUUUUGUUGAUUAACCUUAGCAAAACUCACGACCUAAAUCAAGUGUACGCACUUUCGUUAGCGUUCACCGAAAUAACAGACCGCAGCGUCGAAUCUAUCACCCAGUUGGAGGGCCUCAAAAAGCUCAACCUUUGGGCCACUAAGAUCACCGAUGUGGGUUUGGAGGCGCUAUGCUAUCGACUUUCGAAGUUAGAGGAAGUUAAUUUAUGUGAAACUUCGAUUGGAGCACGUGGCGUCGAAGCGCUCACUUCCCUGCACCAGUUACGUGUUGUAAAUCUCAAUUCGACUAGGGUUACCAUGGAUGCCUACUGCAAACUCAAGGACCGCUUUCCAGAGAUGGAGGUAUGCGACGUCCGCUAUACGGACGCCUGGUGAGCCUGGAAGGAUAUGGGGACCGAGACCCAAUAUUUUUGCACGAACAAAAGUAACAACAGUGUCAACAAACAAUGAGAUGUAUUGCCUACUCUCUAAUUAUUAGACAAGCAUAGCUCUGUUACUACAACUACAUACGUAAAGGAAGACAGCAUCUAAGCUAAAUAACCCCUUCAAUCCUUGACUACCAAAAAAAAAAUACCGAAACAUCGUCAGUUCGCUGUAACCAUCAAGGGUCAUGUAGCAGCUUCCUCCCAAAGUGAUAAGAGCGCAGUUUGGCUUCCUGAUCACGUGCAACAAGUCGUACAGAAAAGGGAAAUAAAAAAAAUAGUAAUAACACCCUAUUAACACUACCAAUUUUCAAGUGGUUACUUAGAAAAGCAAAUUGCCUAAAUCGAGAACUUGAAUGUUCGCAAGCGUGUUUCAAAAAGAGGCCAUAGAACUGACGAGAAAUAAUAAUCCUUUGCCCCUGUUCUGCCCCCACCAAAAAUAUGUUAAGGAGUGGAGGCAGCGCGCGCCGCAGCGAGUGUACCAAGUGUAUACAAAAAACAUGAUGUAUAUAUAUAUAAUUGUGUUGACGAUGAUGGUAAUAAUAGUAAUAAAUCUAACAAGAUUGCAGGCAACUAAGAUGACAACCCUAACACUAAUGAUAUAUGAUGCCAUUGUGUCCUUGAGUCCUACUUACUUAAACGUAACAUGAGCGAGACUGCUGAUUUUACGAUUGUGCAUUUCUGUAACAAUGAAAAUACUGCUGCUAGAAGAAGUUACCAGAGCCACUCGAAAGGAACACUGACCAGCUCGCGUGGAUCAGAGAUGGAUAGUAUUUUAUUUUUUUCUACUUCUUAAAAAACGUUUUGUGGCUUCUAGUUUUCUUUUACAUUAAACAAAAAAAAAAAAAAACAGUCCCGUUUGCCGCAAUUGCUGCUCAUACUGCUUACAGAGAAUACGUGAGAAAAAGCGAGCAGUCAAACAGUGACGAGAUGUGUGUUUUUCAGCGGGUAGUUCUACGACAUACUUCAUCCACACCUACGCCAUUGAGUAAUUGGGAAAAGCGAAAUGCCAUACCCACUGAAUUGGUUACACCGAUUACCCCUAUUCAUUACAUUGCAAUAAAUUAUUAUACUGGGGGUUUAUCAAUGAAUUGUACAACAGGGAACUUUCGUUUCUACAGAUAACUAAUUCUCGCGUCCUGGACGGGUAUGCACACGACUGAUAAGCACACAAUAUCAGCAUAGCAAUAAACAGGAACACAAAAUAUUCUAACGGGCUACAGGACCUUUGCACUGCUUUUUAAUUUUUACAUGACAUCACUACCGCUAUAUAAUUCGAGCCUAAGUGAAAUUAUAUAUAGGGAAAGGUUUGUGUGAAAGUCCACAUGAAUGUAUCAUGACAAGCCAUCACUCUAUCACAUAAUAGAGUUGUUACCAUAUUAUGGAUCUAAACUCCAUGAGAUCGGCCUGGACGGAGACUGUACCUGGCAACACGCCUGGCUAAGGCAAUCAGAUAAGAUUUUUUUCCGAUACAUUUAACAUAAGAGUAAUGUUUUACAAGAUAUAACAAAAAAACAAACAAAAUUCUCAUAUGUAAUAUGAAAAAUACCGCACAUAUGUACUUUUGACAUUAAAAGAUUUUUGUUUGUUGUCAGUUACACCGAAUCAUUCUAGGAACUUGGAAUAUGUCCUGAGACAUUGCUUGCUAUUUGGCUUUGUAAAGCGCAGAUCUGUUGUUACACCAAGCAUUGCAGCAGAAUGAGCACAAAAUAAAAGAGAUGGUCUUUAAGAAACCGAGACCUCUCUUAAUCACCUACCAAAUCCUAGUCAUUCUGUAAUAGAUGUGUUUGAAAAGCGCUUGUUAACGUAAGCUUGAGGAAUCCGCCUGUCCCUACACGGGCUGUCCGAAAAUGAUGUAGAUAUAUAUAUAUCUAUAUAUAUAUAUAUAUAUAUCUAUAUAUUUCAUCUAAUGAUUAAUAGCCUAGGUGCACCUAAGGUGUGAGGUUCUGUGAAGUGUCACCAAGUAUCAAUUGGUACCUCUUUACUAGCCGUAUGAAAUGAAAAAAAUGGUCAAAUCACAAUCGUUGGUUUGACCCAUGAAAAAUAUGGAAAAAUAGGUGGAUACCAUUGCUGACCAACGUUUCAGUGACACCCGUACAUAUUAGCCCGAUACCCGGCCAAUAAUUGUUCACCAUUGGGUAUUAAAGAAGAUUCGCGGCUACCCUGGCCAAUGAACACUGCCACUUAAUGUAGCCACUUGAUGUGCUCUACUUAAAGUUCUUUUAUAAAACUUUUUUGGAGGAGAUGGCUAACGUCGUGGAUUUGUUUCGAAAAGAAAAGACGUUGACAAGCGCCAGCAGCAAACGAUAUUAGACAAAUCGAUUAAUACUAAUAAAAAAUAAGAAACGACGCUUAAAAAUGUUUGAGCACAUAAACAUAAGAGCUUAAAAAGAGUUUGAGAAAAACAGGAUUAAAAACAGGAAAAGCCAAACCCACGAUGUUGCAAACAUACUGCGUUUAUACAUACAUAUAUAUAUAGUCACUUGAAAACAAGAAAAGCAGAGAAAGAGCUAAAAACGAAAUUAAAAUUGGGAGAGCAGCGCUGUUAUAACGAUUAAUGUUUUAUUAAUAUUUCUAGAUUUUAUUAUAUCAUAAAGAGCGUCAAGAAAAGAGACCAUUAAAUCGAUAUAUGUAUAGAUAUAUAUAGAAACGUUUUUGGACGACGAUUACGUAGACAACACACGUAACCAGCAGCAUAAACUCCACAAUAUUGAAUCAAUAGGUAGGAACCAAUAUGGCUAUUUAUAAAUGAUCAGAGAUUUUCGUUCACUAGCCGUAUAAUCCGAAACUGAGUCAGAAAAGUCGUGCGGUUGAACCUAAUCAGCGUACCGAAUACAUGUCGAGUGGGUUUCAUUUGACUAGAGCUAUAAUUAGGUACAAGUACUCCCAGCGAAUUCGGUUAGCCGAACUAGAACUAGGUCACGAAAGCACGUUUUGUGAAAAUGAUUGUAGGACCACCCCGGGCCGAUUGCAAGGCAACCUGGCUGAAUAACAGCGUAAUUUCUAUCGCCUUCCGAUCAAAGUGAUUGACUGUGUGUAAUAACUUCGCACGUAAGCCAUGGCAAUAAUAGUAACAGUCUGGACAGAGGCGAUUUAUCAGUACCCGAAGCUUUAAGUACAGUGAUUAUUGUUGACUCUUGUCUUUAAGCGGUAUCAUCAUAUUAUACGAACGGUAAACUCGUGAAAAGAUCCCGCUGAGUUAGAAAUAUCUACGAAAAAAAAAAAAAAAAACAGAAACAUUUUCUGAUAUUUUUACUGCAGAUUAAUAAAUAAGCAUAAAAACACAUUGGCGUUAUAAGAAUAGUACUAGGGCAAUACACACACUGCUAAUAACAAUGUUAUAAAUACUCAACACUGCGAUCAAUCGUAAUUAAUUUAGUAAGCACAGAUUUUAUUUAUAUCCAUACAGACUAUUAUCAGACAUAUACAAGAAUCACAGUGAACACUGAUCAUCUAGCAGCACGGAUUAUUUAGUGUAAUGUUCGACUUCCCUUAGCAUAUAUACAGCAGACCUCGGUCUGAACGCCGCAGCCACUGAGACACGCGAUCGUUUUUGUUAUGUCGCUUUGUUACUAUUUAAUUAUCUGAUCGAGCUCAGUGAGCAACGGGCAAGGCUAUAUUUCUCGUAAAGUUGCAUCCUGGAUAAUAAUAACGUUCACCGAAUGGUCGACGGCUAACAGCAAUUGUCAUUGCAGGACACAUCCGAGUACCCGUAAGGCAGUCGUACAUUUGAAUUGUGUCUAUCGUUUUUCGGCAUCCCAAACACUACGGAGAAGGACUAACUUACGUUUUAGGCUUUACCCACUUUGAUUAGGCUGACCUUGAUCAAGCUUCAAAUUGUAGUUACUGCCUUUCCGUUUCGUAAUCUUCCCUAGUGUCGGCCAUGUUUUUCGAGCCCGCUCCACGCCGUGAAUGAUACUCGCAUUUAGUAUUACUUAGGUACAACUGAUAUCGGUAUUUUUACAUAACAUAAACUCGAUCAAGUGUUAAAAAAAGAAACAGAUGAAGUUGCUACGAGCCCAAGCUAUGCCUGUGAGUAACAGGCAUACACCCGAGGAUAAGAAAUGCAUCCCGCUGGGUCGAAAGAACGUCACUAUAGCAACGUAUUGAAAAAUCUUCAUGAGGGAUGACAAUUAAUAACCAAGAAAUCAAAGGGACCACUUUAGUAACUAUUAUGUAGCAAAAUAGACGACAGACAGAAGACAAAACACCUUCAUAACGUCGAAUGGCGCGAACGUCUAUACGUGCGCCCAUAAACGCAAGCAAAUAGUGCAAGGCAGACCUGCAGUCAACAGAAAGUAGCACACGAUCGACCGAAAAAAGAUAAAAUAAAAUUUUAAGAAAGAGCAUUAAGCACUGCAAAGAAAUAGGAAGGCACAGGAACAAUGGAGAGUUGUGUGAGAGUCGAAUUCAAAAGAAAGAUAUAACCGAUCCAGGACAGAUUAAGGAAACGGUUAAACUGGAAAAAAAAACAUGUGAUUUAGUGGUGAUUUCAAUGUGUGAAAGCUGUCGAAACACAGAUUUAUAUAUGGAAACAAAUGAACGAAGUACUUUGACAACCAAACAAAUAAAGCACAUAACUAAGGCAAAUAUCCGGGCGCCAUUCCAGGUUCGAACCUUCUUGAAAAACGUUAAGUACUACCGGAAAAUAACGCCAUAAAGAACAAUGAAAUAAACAAUAAAGUAUGCGCAUUUCACCAUCAAAACUCUUCUGGUGUUGUCCUAAAGACCACAUACGAAAUAAGAGGCGAAAAAAUACAAGAAAGAAUUUACAAAAAAACUCAAAUUGAUGAAAAGUCGUUAAUAAUAAAAAUGUGUUAUUACAACUGAACUUUAAGGGUAUGACACAUGCGGUAUUUUCAGUUAAUAAAACUAAUAUAAAUAGAAUAUCUAAUCUAC